AUGAUUCUAUCCGAUGACUUUAAGUACAACUUGAGUGACAACGUUGUGCAUAAAAAGCUUUUGAGAUUGUCAUCUAAUUCCAGGUACAAAUGGGUCCGAGAAUGGCUUCAAAAUCUCAGCGGCAGCCAGAGACGUGUUAUAGCUAAAAUUCUGGGUAGAAAGCCUGCCGUGGACGACAGGAGAGCAGAAAUAAAGCUAUGUAGGUAUCUCGCUUCCAGAAUUUGCGCCCAAGGUAUCAGCUUGGGACAAAUAGCUCAAAUGGACUGCCUGGAUCUUUUUGAAAAUGGUGACCAGUACCGAUGGAAUGCAUUGACCGCUGUGGACUCGGCGGGCAAAGACCAGCGGUUGACGUUGCGCAUCGCGCCCGAAAAAGUCGUGGAUGCCCUUUCGCGCGAUCUGGACGGUUUGUUCCGCACACACACCUAUUUCACGGUGCAUCCACGACUACCGCUCGUCAUAUUAAGAGUUCAACUCUUUGACCUCGAAGAUUCGUCCAGAACAUCCAAAAUGGCAAAUAGAAGCCCCUUCUACGUUGCUUUGCCCCACAACUCGCCCACACUCAUCUUUUCAGCGGCCACUGACACGUAUGCCAAACUAAUAACCAACAGUGUAGUGAGGUGUGCGUGUCAUAAGGAUGGGAUUAUAUUUCAAAAUGCUAGGAAAAGUGCUACACGGAACCUUGACACAGUCGCAGUUUUCUGCAAUUUGACUCGAGAUGCAAAUUCUAUGGGGCCUUGGCACGCGUACGCGAACAACACGGCGGAGUCGUCGCCGCUGCAUGAACGGGUCUCUGAUGACAAACGACAAAACAUCUUAAAACAACAGUUGAGCGUGAAAGAGCAGUCUCACUUGAGGUUCAAAGGCCCUGGUACACUGAAAGUCGAAGAGAAUCACCAAAAUUGGUCGGAAUACAGUUCUUCGCUUGCGGUUCCCCGGGUUGAUUACACCGUCCAGAAUAAAUCUACCGAUACCCCCAACAUUUCCUUUAAAAUGAAGCUAUUUGGUACAGACAUAUUUGCAGGCUUCCAUGAACUUUGUGACAAGGCUUUUAUUGAUCUCAAUAUUUUGCCAGGUUGGUUAUCCGGGGAGAAUGGACCUCGUUGCGGAGUAAUACUUAACGGAAGUUUUAAAGAGGAACCAAACUGA